AGUUAUCGGUGAAGGUUAGGUUUAAGGAUAUGCAACGGUUAGCAUUGGGGUUCAGGUUAGGUUAGGUUAGAUCCCCUCUCUUUGCUGAAGAAAAAAAAAAAAAAAAAAAAAAAAAGCCUCCAAGCCCGCCGACGUUACCCGGAAGCAGGAAGCAGACCGCUUGUUGUGAGUUGUCGCAGCUAGUCUUUCCUAGUAGAAAUGGCGUGCUUUGUGGCUCCGGGUCCUGGCGGAACGGGACUCUGGUCCAAACUGCUGCUGGUGCUGGUGCUGACGGAGCACACUGGGCCAGUACACGGCGUGUCGGAGCCGGGGAAGUGGAUCGUGACAGUGGACAGUGAGACAUUGAAGAAACAGAACAACUUCUUCUUCUUUACCAAGACUCUCUUCAAAGAAACCUUCAUCAGGCUUGGACCGGUGUCAGAAAGCUGUGUAUCCUCUCCUGUGCAGCUGAACAUCUCCUGGUAUCUGAGGAACUCUCACUGCUACAAAGAAGUCUUCCACAUGGAUGUGGCGAGAGCACGAAAUUACUUCAGGACGACGGAAGUCAGGCCAGGAGGAGGAAGUGGCUUCUUCAUCUUUCACCAGUAUCCUCUCGUCACCUGCCAGUCCAACAUGAACCCGCACGAGUUCAACGUGCCUGUGUUUGACCUGCCAACCAGACUCACACAGCCUGCACUGCUGGAGAAUGAAGCAACACAUACAGCUCCGUCUGCUCCAGGACAAGCAGGGAAACCUGCUGCUGUCACUCCUCAGAAGGCCAUCAACAAUUCUCACUUUGACGCCGUAGCUGUGAGCUGGGAGGACGGACCCUACAUGUUCAUCCUGCACAUCGUUGAGAUCAAAGACAGGAAAUCUGCCGUGGCUAAUAUGCUGCCAAAACCAUGGAGCUUACAGUUGCAGGUCAACAUGCAGGGACCUCACGACUACAUAUCUGCCUCUGAAUGGCCUCUCAUGGUGUUCUACAUGGUGAUGUGCAUUGUGUAUGUCUUGCUGGCGGUGUUGUGGUUGGUUCUGUUGGCAUGUUACUGGAGGGAUCUGCUGAGGAUCCAGUUCUGGAUUGGAGGUGUCAUCUUCCUGGGGAUGUUGGAGAAAGCUGUUUACUACGCUGAGUUCCAGAGUAUCAGAUACAAUGGCUUAUCAGUGCAGGGGGCGGUGGUGUUCGCCGAGGUGCUUUCUGCAGUGAAGAGGACUCUUGCACGGGUGUUGGUCAUCAUUGCCAGUCUCGGAUACGGUAUCGUCAAGCCCAGACUUGGUGCGUUGCUCCACAGAGUCGUAGGCGUCGGACUGCUCUACCUGAUCUUCUCCAUCAUAGAGGGAAUACUACGAGUCAAUGCUGAUCAAGACGACAGCAGUAGAAUACUGUGUGAUAUAGUGCUGGCACUCAUUGACUCCUGUGUUGUCUGGUGGAUCUUUGUGAGUCUGGCGCAGACGAUGAAGUUGCUCAGACUGAGGAGGAACGUGGUGAAGCUCUCCCUGUACCGACACUUCACCAACACUCUCAUCUUUGCUGUUAUAGCCUCAGUCAUCUUCAUCAUCUGGACUACCAAGACCUUCAGGAUGUCAAAAUGCCAGUCUGACUGGAGGGAGCUGUGGAUAGUCGAUGCAUUCUGGCGCUUCCUAUUCUCCUUCAUACUAUUGGUCAUCAUGUUCCUGUGGCGACCGUCGGCCAAUAACCAGAGAUAUGCCUUUAGCCCCCUAGUGGAUGAAGAGAGUGAGGAAGAGGAGAAGGAGCCAAUGAUGAACGAGGCCUUCGAAGGGAUGAAAAUGAGGGGCACAAAGGGCGAGAUCAAUGGCACGGCCAAACCCAGCAAGGUGGAUGAGGAUCUGAAAUGGGUAGAGGAGAACAUCCCAUCAUCUAUGGCAGAUGUUGCUCUUCCUCCCCUGCUGGACUCUGAUGAGGAGGCCAUGACAACUAAGUUUGAAAUGUCCAAGAUGGAGUAGAGGAGGAAGAAGACAUGGAGGAGAAGAGCUGUUUUACUAAAUGAUAUCUGGGAGGAACACUGUGCUCAACUGUGUGACAGAUGUAAAGGUGAAUAUGGAGCAGAGAAUUAAUGUUCCCAUGGCUGAUUGGAAGGAUGGAGAAGAAGUUCCUAGCAGAGGAAGAGGAAGACGGAUAAAAAAGGGAAAGCAGAGUUCAGUGUUUGCUUUACAGUGUCAGUUUGUGUCUGUAAAUUAACAGAUUUGAUCCCUGACUUUUAUGAGCUUUGUAAGCCUUUUCUGUACAUACACUGGGACAAAAUUGGUUGGUAAACAAAUCCAUUCAUUGUUGUUGUUUU